GCAUUGAAUAGUCGUAUUGAAAGAGCGUUAUAGUCGUCACAGCUCUGUAUCAAACAUGUCGUCCACUCUCUCUCUCUGUGAAGGCAUGAAUGCAAUCAAUGAGUGAACCAUUAAUUCAAUGCAUUAUUAAAUGGACUUCAAAUCAAUAGAUUCGACAAUGGAGUUUCUGGACUUAAGUGACGCCAACGAUGACGAGAAGGCAGAAGUGAUGGCAAUCAUCGGUUCCGGACCUCAAGGCGUCGAAUUUCCAUUUGAGUGCAAAUCAGUGGCCAAUAAAAUGCGGUCACAAACUCACGAGUCAUUCAAUUGCGAACUCCAGGAGAUGAUGCACUCCGGGAACAACCCAUCGGCGGUCGACGUGUCGUCGAUGAACUCGACGCCCACUCCGAGACACGAACCGAUGCCAUCGAUUCAUCCGUUUGUCAGCCACGCGUCCGAAACAAUACCGCAAUCGUCGAACUCGUUAUCCCAAUGGGAUAUGAGUGGUGCCGGCGGUGGGCCUGUAGUGUGCGGUCCACCGCAUCAGUAUAUAUACCAUCAAACGCCGACCCAUUACUACGCCAACACUCAAAUGCCCGGUCAGUACUAUAACGCCGUUCCCAACGGUAUUAUGAGUGCGAAAGAGAUGAACAAAAUGAGAGGAUCGGCGCCACAGAUGAGUGCCGGCAAAGCUGGCAAAUCCAUGCAUAACGACAUGAGAGCACCGUUUUAUUCAACUUCCAGCCCAUUUGCCGAAGUACCGCAACUGAUUGAUCCAAACCGACCGCCGGCCACAGCACUAGUGGGCGACGGAAUGGUAGCGCCGGUGCAGCCAAUGUUUUCGCCGGGAUAUCCGCACACUUAUCUCCCGCAUCCGAGUCCGUUCACUGGGCAUCCCAUGUAUAUCAUCGCCACACCCGAGGGUUCUUACAUUACAUAUGGUGUCCAAAUGGCCGCUCCCGGCGUUCAACAAAUACCUCGAUCUUCGAGCCCACACACUGUUCCUAAUGCUGUCGACACAGACUCAGCCAACAUAUGUAAAGUGCCUUCAAAUGCUAGCAGCGGUUCCAACUAUUCCAAUGACCACAUCGACGAAGAUGUGAAUGACAUGAAUGAUGAACUCAACGACGAACUCGAGGCCAACGAUUACAACGAAACCAAUGAUAAUAAUGGACUCGAUGUUGAAAACUAUAGUAAUGUUGAAAUGAAUGUGAAUUCAAAUGACACGAACAAUGUUUAUGACAAACAAUUGAUCCAAACGGAGAACAAUGUUGAAGUGAACGGUGAAGAGUCAACCGACAGCACCAGUGCUACCCAUUCAACACAACAAACCAGUUCUUUGGCAUCAGUUUCAGUGACAUCGACCAAAGAGGAGGCAAGUGAUGGUGCGGUGUCAACGAGUAACGCCAGUCAGAAAUCGUGGGCCUCUCUCUUCAAGGGCUCGUCUUCUAUCAACACAAUCAGCACAUUAUCUCAACACUCAUCUCAAACAUCCGGGGGUUUGACCGCCGGUUCAAUAGUCAGCCAUAACUACAAUAAUGUGAAUUUGUUUGAAAAUGACAGUCAUUUGAAUUCUAGUGGUGUUGUGAACAGUUGUGAAAGUGAGGCUCAAAUCCAAUGCAUUCCUAUUCAUACGGAUCCGUUCGCCAUUAAACUAUCCAAAAGAGUCAAAGAGAUUCGUUUGAAUCACUUUCUACCAUAUCUUAUACCCACGGGUUUUGUCAAUCGUGGCAAUUGGUGUUACAUUAAUGCCACCCUUCAAGCACUGGUCGGUUGCCCUCCUUUUUAUAACCUAAUGCGCGAAAUAGGAGAGACCAGAAGUCUAUUCAGAGAGCGAUCGUCGACACCAAUAAUCGACAGUUUCGCAAAAUUAUUCAAUUGUUUGACGCCUUCCGAUCACUUGACGAAGAAGCAGAAAAGUGGCCUAAAUAUGGCCACUGAAGACAUGCCCCGCGCGGAGCCAAUAGAGCCGCGUUGUAUUUACGACGUCUUGGGUUCCAUUAAAUCCGAAUGUCUUAAAGGACGUCAAGAAGACGCUGAAGAGUUUCUCUCCUCUGUUCUCAAUGGUCUUCACGAAGAAAUGAUAGCUCUGUCAGAGCUCUGGGCCGAUGAGAAUCAGAAUAAGAGUCUGAACGGACAGCACUCGUCUGCAAAGCCAUUGAACGGACACAUCGGCGGCAAACAGGAAAAUGGCGAUCAUUUUGGAGACCAAAACGACAGCUAUGCUGAAGACGACGACUCGAAUCUAUGGAAAGAAGUUACUUCUAGACACCGACCGAUGCCAACCCGUUCUGCAAAAAUAAUUCCAACACAAAUAUCAGACAUCUUCGGCGGUUCGACACUCGCUAUUAGGACCGCUGGUAAAGACCAGUGUGGAAACAGACAGCCAUUCUUUGCACUCCAACUGGACAUUCAGUCAGAUAAAGUAAAGUCAGUGGAAGACGCUCUCAAGUGUUUGACGAUUACUGAAUCAAUUCACGGAUAUAUGUGUCCGAAGACGAAGCAAGCGGUGGACGCGAGCGCUCAAACAUUUUUGGAUACAUUACCUCCUAUUUUAAUACUUCAUUUGAAACUAUUUGUGUACGAUAUGGACGGCGGGUGUCGUAAACUAAUGAAAAAAAUUGAAUAUCCGGUGGAUUUAGAGCUCCCAAGAGAUUGUCUACAUUACACAUUGGAGAAAGAGAAGAACUUUCAGCUCAAACGAUACAAACUAUUGAGUGUUUUAUAUCAUGACGGGUCUGAAGCCAUAAAAGGUCAUUACGUGACCGAUGUUUACCACAUCGGAAGCAAUCAGUGGCUUCGAUGUGACGACCAAUCAGUGAAAGUGAUCCCAAUGCAGAAAGUGCUCAAUCCUGAGUCUUCACGAACUCCUUAUCUGCUAUUUUAUAGACGAAACGACACUCUUUACAGCAAACAUACGCUCCAAUCAAACCAUUCAAAGACAUAUUAUCGUUAACCGCAAGUUUGAAAUCUUGGUUUCAAAUCAUUAUUUUUCAAUAUAAAGUGUUUCACAAACUGUUUUGACUGGUCUUCCCUUCAAAUCGUUUUUAUUAGUAAUAAGAAAUGAGACAAAAGACGAUUGUGUUUCUGCUGUGCUUUCUAUGGACUAAAUGCUGUGAUAAGUGCUUAAUGGGAUGUUAUGACAAAGCUAUUGAUAUUAGAUUUUAACUAAAAAUGUUAAGCAAAAUAUAUUUCUAAUUUUAUUAAUAAAUCUGUUAAAUGAUUAAUCAAAUUAUAAAUUGAUGAAAAAGAAAUCGGAAAUCACAUAACCGUCCAAAUAGUCUGUUUGAGACAAUUAUGUACUUUAUUAUCGAUUACAAGCCAACCGUCCAAUGAAUUUGAAUUGUUUAUGCGAUCAUCCGAUGGAAACGGAUCUAUCAAAUUAUAUAACAGUUAAAGUCUUCACAUUAUUAUUAUUAUAAUUAACAUUAUAUUGUAGUCUUUGAUCCGCAUUUUUGGCAUUCAAUCGAUCGCUUUUAUUAAGACAUUAAUCGAUAAUAAACUGGAUUUAAAUAUUAAUAACUGAUAAUAAUGUGAGAAUUAAUUUGGAUACAGUUAAUAUUGUCUGAGUUAUUGAAAGCACACAAACAGUGCACACAUACGCAGAGAGAUAUGUUUAUGCAAUUAUAAUUACGGUCGAUAGUAAAUUGUCAUAUAGUUUUUUAAUUUAAUUUAAUUAAA